GAAGAAGAAGGUUUAACUAGUGAGGAGGAUGAAAUUUUAUCAAAAAAGACUAUGGUUAAACUUCCUGUAAAAAGUGCAGUGGGCAGAGAGAGUAGAAUACGGCAAAUGCAAAAUCUCCCAAUGUCGUCAGAUAAGACUUUAGCAGCUAGACUAGCAAACCUUGGGCCUCAGGUUAAAAAGGAUGAUAUGGGAUCAAACACUUGGAUGGCUUUACGUAAAAGACUGAUUUCUGCGAAAAUGAAGGAAGCAUUUUCCAACAGUUACCUUCAGAUAAAUGGUGUUAAAUACACGAUCAUAAAGAAAGUUGGUGAUGGCGGUUUUAGCAGUGUAUAUGAGGUGUAUAACGAGGAAAGGAACUUGUUUGCAGUGAAGGUUGUGAACCUGAUUACUAAGGACGGAUUCACGGAUAAGGAUCUUAUGCAUGAAAUACAUCUGCUCAAAAGCCUACAGGACUGUGAUAGAGUGAUCAAUCUGAAAGACUGGGAACACAGAUUAACAGAUGAAGAGGAUAUGCUGUAUGCAGUCCUAGAACGAGGAGAUACAGACCUUGCUCAGAUUCUCAGGAAUUCAAGUUAAGUUCAAAUUUGAAACUA